AUGGAUCAGAAAAGUGGACAGGAGAAGCUACUGUUGCCAGAACAAACACCGUACAUUGGACCGCCACCAGACCAAACACGAAAAUUUCCGAAUCUCCGUUUCUUCGUUCUUAUUUUGGGUGUCUGUUCAGCGGCUGCUCCUGUCUCAUGCUUUUUCGCCUUUACUUUCGCGGUUGCUUGUAACAAUCCACCUGGAAUCAAUCGAUCAGCUGAAUAUUUAAAAGACCCGCACAACUCUCCUCUAAUUUUCUUCGAUCCCCUUGAGGAAAGCAUCGCUUUCUCAGCUUACUCCAUCGGAACUCUCAUCAUGUUACCAAUUCUACCAUUUCUUCGAUUUGCCACAAUCAGAACUCAAGUCUUCAUCGGAGUUUUCUUGACCGGUAUCUUGACGGCGCUCUUUCCGUUUCUUUUCGACAACUGGCCAAUUUUGUCACUUGUAUCCAGAUUUCUCCACGGUGCCGCAGCUGCUCCAACGAUCCCCUUGCUUGGCCAUCUCUGCGCUCACUGGUGUCCAAAGAAAGAAAUCGUUCGCCAUUUUUUCACGAUGGCCGUUAGCGGGGUGACUUGUGAAAUGGGCGGAUGGAGGCCGAUUUUCUAUCUUCACGGAUCGGUCUCCGUAAUCAUUGCCGUAUUCUGGCUGAUUUUCUUCAUUGAUUACCCACAUAAACAUCCGUAUUUAUCGAAUCAAGAAUACCAGUUGUUGCACUCGGACACUCGGUCACCGAUGGGGCAAAAUGAGCAGCCGAAAGUACCGUAUUGCAAAUUGGUCUCAAACAAAGGCAUCGUCGCUGUGCUCAUUGCCGCUAUUGGGAACUACAAUGGAAUCAGUCCACUCAUCGUCUUUUGUUCCCUUUUGAUGAGGAAAGGUUUGGGCAGUUCGGAGCUCGAGAUCUCUUCAUACAUCUCCGCCUCUUUUGCCAUUCAAGCUUUCUUCAAAAUAUUGAGUGGUGUUCUAAGUGAUAAAAUGAAGGGAUUUUCGGAGAAAAAUCGUCUUCGUCUCUUCAAUUCACUUUCUUGUGGCCUCUCCGGGGUAUUGAUGAUCGGAGUGGCUUUCUUGAAUCCAAAAGAUAAGAUCCUCUGCUCGAUAAUGCUAACAGUAACUCAAGCGAUCAUCGGCUUCAAUUCGGCCGGUUUCAAUCGAGCGGCAAUCGUUGUCUCUAAAAUAUGCCUCUUUUAUAAUGACAAUCAUCGGCAUAAUUGUCUCCUUAUCGACGGUCAUCGAACCGUACAUCAUGCAGCCGCUGUGGCACCCGAUCACACGUGGGGACAAUGGUUUCCUCUUCUCGUCGUUCAUGGGGCGAUCCUCAUUAUCUCGAAUGCUCUUUUCUGCUUACUCACUGACGGGAAACCGUUUCAAGAA